AUGUCGGUGACUGCCUGCCAGGGUCUCGGGUUUGUGGUUUCACUGAUCGGGUUUGCGGGCGUCAUUGCAGCCACUUGUAUGGAUCAGUGGAGCACCCAGGACUUAUACAACAACCCAGUGACCGCUGUAUUCAACUACCAAGGGCUCUGGCGGUCCUGUGUCCGAGAGAGCUCUGGCUUCACCGAGUGCCGAGGCUACUACACCCUGUUGGGGUUGCCAGCUAUGCUGCAAGCGGUACGCGCCCUGAUGAUUGUGGGCAUCGUUCUCGGGGUCUUCGGUAUCCUCGUGUCCGUCUUCGCCCUGAAGUGCAUCCGCAUCGGCAGCAUGGAUGACUCUGCCAAGGCCAAGAUGACUCUGACUUCUGGGAUCCUGUUCAUCAUCUCCGGAAUCUGUGCAAUCAUUGGUGUGUCUGUGUUUGCCAACAUGCUGGUGACCAACUUCUGGAUGUCCACAGCUAACAUGUACAGCGGCAUGGGUGGGAUGGUGCAGACCGUUCAGACCAGGUACACCUUUGGUGCAGCUCUGUUCGUGGGCUGGGUCGCUGGAGGCCUCACACUAAUUGGGGGAGUGAUGAUGUGCAUCGCCUGCCGUGGCCUGACUCCAGAUGACAGCAACUUCAAAGCUGUGUCUUACCACGCCUCUGGCCAAAAUGUCGCCUACAGGCCUGGAGGCUUUAAGGCCAGCACUGGCUUCGGGUCCAACACCAGAAACAAGAAGAUAUACGAUGGGGGUGCCCGCACAGAAGAUGACGAACAGUCUCAUCCUACCAAGUUCGACUAUGUGUAG